GUCGACCGGGUUUGCAUGAGGCGGCUCUGGUGGGCCUGCGGGCGGGCGCUGGGCCGGCUGCACGCGGGUCUCGUGCGGGCCCUGUUGUGGCCGUCGGGGUCUCCGCCGCGACCGGCCGCCUCGGAGGUGCUGACCCUCCACCUGCUGCAGCGCCGGCUUCCCCCCUGGACCUCCUUCUGCGUCAAGUACAGCGCGGUGCGCAACGACCAGUUCGGCCGCUCCAGCUUCAACUGGGCGGUGCGCGGCGCCAACUACCACGUGCUGCGCACCGGCUGCUUCCCCUUCGUCAAGUACCACUGCUCCCGCGGGCCCCGCCAGGACCUGGACGGCCAGGACGCCCUGCUGGCCGCCCUCAAGCUGCUCAACCUGGGAAUCCCAACGUUAUUAUACGGAAUUAGCUCUUGGUGUUUUGCCAGCGUCACCGAGACUGUUCAGACGUGCUGUGGCCCGGUCACUAUUUACUUCCUGAAUAAAGAAGACGAAGGCGCCAUGUACUAAAACGUGAUUUCAAAAACUGUUACUGUGCUAAAUUAUUGCUAAAUUAAUAUAGACAAGAAUAUUUUCCCAAUCUUUUGCUGUGUCAACAUUCUUAUGCAAACAGUAUAUGUAUUUUUUCAAGGAAUGUCCCUAUUGUUGAAACGUAUUGCUUUUCUUUGACUCUGUAAAACAUGCUUAAAUGCAAAACCCAACAAAACUCUGGGAAAUUACUUGAAUUAACUUAUUUCAUUCAAAGCUGACAUUUGCCUCUUAAUGAAAAUACUGAUUUUUUACGAUCUUGUCUAAUUAUCCAAUUUUAAGUACAAUUUAAAGCAAUACCUUUCUUCAUAAUGAAUUUUAAAAACUGUAUAACUGAUAUUCAAACAGAGGUUCAGUUCUCUUUGAUAAAUAGAAGUUGUUUCUAUUAAAAUCCAGAGUUUUGAAAAAAUGCCUCUGAAAUUUCAGAGGGUUCAGUGUACCUGCAGCCAGGUAGAGUGAUUGUAAUAUGGCCGAAAUUUAUCCUGUUACUUUCAGUGGAAGAUCGUUAAGUGUGUGCUUGACUAUUUGACUCAGUAUGAUUUAGUAGUAAGACACACUAUGACUUUGUCGUAUGCUUAAUGUAAAAAAUUACACUCAGUCACUCUAGUUUGUUGUCAAACUCUUUGACUUCCAAAGCUUUCCUGAUAAAGUGUUGCAGGAAUAAUGUAGUUAUGAAGACAGAUCUAAAAACAUGCCUAACAUUUGUUCAUUUUAAAUUAUUUCAGCAAGUUAUUUUCAUCUGGGACGUUUGCUAUAAGAAUAUAAUAUAAUUUAUUUUUCAAAAGGCUCUUGUUAGAUCUUGUGUUAGUCUAUUUUUUAAAAUCUAUCAGAAUUGAAUUAUGACUUGCUCUUAUUCAGAAGACAAGUGGUACAUUUGUUUUAACUGCAGCUCUAAAUCUGUAAUCAAGGAAACAAUCCAGUAUAUUUGAUACCAAAGGAUAUUCUUAAUAACAAGUUAAAUAAAUAGUUCGCCCAGAGGAGUAGCUGGUGUGUUACAUUAAGCUUCAUUAAUAAUAAAAGUGACUAUUAGCAUUUUGCUAGAUUGGCUGGAACUUAUGUUCCCAGUAAUGGGCAGAAUUAAAUAAGUGCAGCUCAUAAGUUAAAGUCAAAUACUGCUCGUUCAUUGCUCCCGAUUUUGUCGAUACUCUUCUUUAAAGGUUUGGUCUCAGAACAAGACUGAUAAAAUGUUUUUUAAUUACCACGCAAUAAAUAAAGCUUCCCCUUGGAGUGGCCCGUUCGCUA